AAGAGCACGAGACCAGCAUCGGGAAAUCCUGGGAACGUGUGUAUCGUCCUAGAAGCUCAGAUACAGAACUUCCUGUGUGACUGACUGAAACUUUCUGGGGACCGUCUGAGUUGAGACCGUCUGAAGGAAGGAAAGCCUUUCGAAUGGGUAAAAAGAUAAAAAAGGAAGUUGAGCCUCCUCCAAAGGAUGUGUUUGAUCCUUUGUCAGUUGAAAGCAAAAAAGCUGCAACAGUGGUACUGAUGCUCAGUUCCCCUGAAGAGGAAGUGCUAUAUAAAGGAUGUGAAGCUCUGUAUAAAUUUGCAUUAAAAGGUGAAGAAAACAAGCUGACACUUCUUGAACUUGGAGCAUUAGAACCUUUAUUUAAAUUAGUUACACAUGAAGAUCCCACUGUUCGCAGAAAUGCUACCAUGGUAGUCGGAAUCAUGGCAUCUCACAAUGAUGUGAAGAAAUCACUACGACAGCUAGAUGUCACAAGUGCAUUCAUAGCUCGUCUGGCACCAGAAGAAGAUGUUGUCAUCCAUGAGUUUGCUAGCCUUUGUCUUGUACAUAUGUCAGUUGAUUAUAACAGUAAAGUACAAAUAUUUGAGCAAGGUGGACUAGAGCCUCUUAUCCGACUGCUAGGAAGUCCUGAUCCUGAUGUUAAGAAGAAUUGUGUGGAAUGCAUCUAUAAUCUAGUGCAGGAUUUUCAAAGUCGUGCUGCAAUACGCGAAUUAAAUGUAAUUCCUCCUUUGUUGGAACUUCUGAAGUCUGACUACCCAGUUAUUCAGUUGUUAGCACUCAAAACUUUAGGUGCCAUUACCAUUGAUAGAGAAACAAGAGUCAUGCUAAGAGAAAAUCAAGGAUUAGAUCAUCUUUUCAAGAUCCUGGAAACUAAGGAAUUUAAUGACCUACAUGUAGAAGCUCUUGGAGUUGUGGCAAAUUGCCUUGAGGAUGUGGAUACUAUGCAACUGAUCCAGGAGACAGGGGGUCUCAGAAAGCUACUGGCCUUUACUGAAGUUUCCACUCUAACUGAGUUUCAGAAGAAUGCUGCAAAAGCUAUUGCUAAAGCAGCCGCUGAUCCCGAAAACAGAAAAAUCCUGAAUGAACAAGAAGUUGAAAAAUGUCUUAUCACUCUUUUGGGAACGGAUAAUGAAGGAACCAAAAUAGCUGCUUCUCAAGCCAUCUCUGCUAUGUGUGAGAAUUUAGCUAGUAAACAAACCAUUGGAGCUCUAGGAAUUCCCCAGCUCGUUCAGUUGCUAAGCAGCGAAAAUGAAGAGGUAAAGGAAGCUGCUGCUACAGCUCUGGUUAAUCUAACAACCGCCCAUCCUGCCAAUGUAAGUGCUGUUGCUGAAGCUGAAGCCAUCGAACCGCUGAUUAGUGUUCUGAGCUGUAAAAGAGAUGGUGCUGUGGCUAGUGCUGCCUCUGUUCUCACAAACUUAGCCAUGCAGGAGCCAUUACGUAUCACCAUCCAAAGCCAUGGUUUUAUGACUGCUGUGGUAGAACCACUGAAUUCCACAAACAGUAUUGUGCAGAGCAGAGCAGCUCUUGCUGUGGCUGCUAUGGGCUGUGAUACUGAGGCCAGAACUGAGUUACGAAAUUCUGGUGGACUUGAACCUCUUGUUAAACUUCUGCAUUCUAAGAAUGAUGAAGUCCGAAGAAAUGCUUGUUGGGCUGUUAUGGUUUGUGCAAGUGAUGAAUUAACAGCAGCUGAAAUGACCAGGCUUGGUGCUUUAGAUAUUCUUGAUGAAAUUAACCUCUCUAUUGGUCGCAAAAAUAACUUUAGUGAAGCAGCUUUGGAAAAGAUACUUGAUCACAAUCUUCCACAAAAAUACAGUCAAAUGGGAUUUUUAGCAUCAACUAACAUAAUUUUGGAUGGAUUCUAUGACUAUGGGCAGGUGAAACCUGGUGAAAAACUAUUGUCACUGGAGGAACUCUGUGCUCAGGAGCUUAAUGAUCAUCGUGCUAUAAUUUUAAUAAAUGCUAAACUAUCAGAACUUGAACACCCAGCAGUUUCCAUAACAAUUGAGGAAAAGCCACAAGAGACCAUAGCCACUCGAAUCGGGGUGUCUGCCAGCAGUAUCAGGAAAUCUAGCAGAAAUAAUUCAUUGGAUGAAAAACCAGACUCUCCAGGACGGUCUUCUUCAAUCAGUAAAGGAAGCUCUAGAGAGAAAGGAUCAAGGAAGGGGAAAGGGAAAAAAGAAGAAGAAAAACCAAAAGAUGAGGAGUUGGAAGCAUCCAUACCUAAAAUAGUUGAAACUCCAGGAAAAGCUUUAUGGAUCCCCCCUUUUGACCCCAUCUUGUAUGAUUAUAUUACUGAGAUUUCCAGAACAAUUCUGCCACUACCAACCAGCAAAGAGCAAGUGGUAGCUCUUGCACAAUUUGUUGCAGAUAGGUUGGGUGGUCCCAUUGAAAGAGAUAAUCUACAUGAAUUCAGCUGGGAGCUUCAUAUAAGUGAAAUUGAAUAUGAGCUUAAAUGCAACGUGGUACCUAUUGGGAAGAUCGAGAAAGGGACUUUCUAUCACAGAGCUUUGCUUUUCAAGGUUCUGGCAGACAGAAUUGCUAUUAAUUGCAGCCUACACCGUGGUGAAUAUAAUAGAGGGUGGAAUGAGGUGAAAUUGGUUGAUGAUUCUCCUUUGGGAAUACCUGGACUUCUGCUUCCCCCUCAAGUAUAUAUUGUGGAUCUCAUGUAUCAGCCAGGCUGUCUCAUGAAAGAAGAAAGUCCAGAGGCAGAUCGUUAUCGACGGAUUUGAUUAUUUUUUUUCUUAACUUUCUCUAUGUAUUUAUUUGCUUAUUAGCAUAGGGAUUAUUUUCCAAGUUGGGAAUCUAUUCCCAGAAGUUGGGAGUUAGGAAGAGGUUUGAGAGAGACAAAGUUGAUUAUAUUUGUAUUUUAUAUUUUUAAAAAGAUAUGAUGAAUAAAUAAAAAUUUUAUACCUACAAAGUUAAAACUGCAGGGAAGCAAAUGAUUGUUCAAGUUUACAAAGCAAAAUGAGUGAUGAGAGUUACUGCAAAAUGCUGCAGUGGUUCUCCAUUUUCUAAAAACAAAACAAAACCCUGUUAACAUUUAGAUGGCUAUAGAUUACACUGAACUAUUUUGUAUCCCUGGUGGGAUAAUGCUGCAAAGUAAUAUUUUCUUUCAAGAGGAGGAGCUUUUUGAUGAGAAUUUGAAUGUUUUUCUUCUACGUUAAUUCUGUUUUAGAAUCUAUAGCUUUUAAAUAUUUUUCAUCUCAAAAUGACAGGAAACUGGAUCACUAGCAUCACAUUUUAAUGUAGGAGCGACAACAAAAGAAAGGGAUGGGAUUGCCCCAUCUGUUUUAUAGCUGUAUAGAAUUGGGAAGUAGAACCAUAUAGUCUGCAGGGCUUCACCAUAAGGGAUUCAGGGAGUCCCUGGAUUCCAUGCUAAAGGCUAUAUAAAAAAAAUUCUGCCCAAAUCUGACCAAAAGAACUGAGAAAAUGAAAUAAAUAAACUUUGAUUUUCCCCUUUUUCAGAACUACUGUAAGACACCAACAAUUAAACUAGCAAAUACCCAGCCCAAGCGAUAGUGAUCAGUACUGCACUCCCAUAAGCCUUCCAGCUGACUUUACAAUGCCACUUGGUAUGCCUGCAAGCAGGGACAAUCAAGGUACCCACCCUCUCCUGAUACAUACAAUUCCAUGCUAUUUAUGGCAGCCUGCUUCCAUCAAAUCAUCUGAUAGAAAUGAGUGCAGAAGCACAGAGAACAAAUAAAACGCUUUCUGAAUGUACUUUCAUACUCAUUAGCUUGUCAAUUACUGAGACUGCUUUUUCAUGCUUUUAUUUUGGCAAGCAUGGUUACAGUGUUGGUACAGAAGUGCAUGAUUUGUGUUUGGAUGAAACAAAAGAGGUGGACAUUGAGCCCAAAUAAAAAUGCAAGGGUUAUUGGGAGAUGAAAUGAUCUCCGUGCAUUUGUGAGUCCCUGAGAAUGGAAAUCUGACCAGAACAAUGAGUGAUGGAUCAGGUUUUAUAAAUAUAUUAAAAAUAAGGUUUAAUUACAGGUAAUAUACUAUAGAAUUGGCAAAACUUAGCAGAUAGCUGAGUCAGUGCAUGUGCUCUCUACGUGUGAGCUUAAGAAGAAAGGCAGAAGGAAGUGACUUCAGAUUUGCAGUUUCUUAGACAAAUAUCAGUCAAAGUAAUAAACCAAUGGCAAGACAGUCUGAGCCCCCUUAGAUGCUCAAUAAUGCUACGUAGGCAGGUGAGGGCAUGCCAAGAUGUCCUUUACCAGGUUUUUGCUCAUGUAUCAGUGAGACCCUUCCUUGAAUAGGAAAUUGACAAUAACCCACACAAUAUCACCAUCCUAUUAUAAAAGAGGCUGUUGAUAAAUUAGGGUCACAUAACAUUUACUUAGUAGAGGCUACACCAAUUACCCAAAAAUCCUCAAACACAACUUAAAGUACUUACAAAACCUCACAUGUCCUAGGGUUGGAUAUUUACAGAACCAUUUUCCAUAUUCUACAAAAAAAGA